UUUAAUUUUAUACUCAUACACGAGCGACUUGUCGUGGAGGGUAUACUCUGCAGCCUCCGUGUAUAUAUUAUUUUGAGACUAAACUACGACAGCGGACGGCGGCAGCAAUGGCGACCGAGCUCGAAGAGUUGGUGGGAUUUCUAUCGGCUCCUUCUCUGCCAGUGCAGAAGGCUGCUGUUGAUAUUGUCAGAGACUUAACAGGGUCUGAAGAUGGGUUGCAGUCCCUUUCUAAGUAUGCCAAUAUUGCGAUUCCCUCAUUGUCUCGACUUCUAAGCCAAAGAAAGGAGGUCUCUGAGCCAGCAGCACAAGCUCUCGUUAAUCUCUCGCAAAACUCAAAUUUAGCUGCAAAGAUGGUUGAGAAAGGGAUGGUUCAAAUGGCCAUGGAUCUGUUGUAUAAACCAGACUCAAGCAUUACUCAAUUGCUGGUAAUGCUCCUAGUUAAUCUCACUCAGUUGGAUGCUGGCAUUAAAUCCUUGCUUCAGACUGAGGACGAGAAGGUGCAAGGACUGUUCGUCAUGAAGCUUGUGAGAUCAUUCUGCAGAUCCUCCAGUGAGAACAGAAAGGAUCCAUUUGAUCAUGUAGGUUCCAUUCUUGUAAAUAUAUCACAGAAAGAAGCAGGUAGAAAAAUGUUACUGGACCCUAAGCGAGGAUUGCUGAAGCAGAUUCUCAGACAGUUUGACUCAACUAAUCCAUUGCGGAAGAAAGGGGUUUCUGGAACAAUUCGAAACUGCUGUUUUGAAGCUGAGAAUCAUCUACAAGAUUUACUUUUGAUAUCUGAAUUUCUUUGGCCAGCUUUACUUCUGCCUGUUGCUGGCAACAAGGUAUACAGUGAGCAAGAUACAUCGAAAAUGCCCCUAGAGCUUGGCAGUGCACUCUCAAUUGAGCGUGAACCAUGUGAUGACCCUGAAAUUCGUGUUCAAGCAUUGGAGUCUAUUUACUUGAUCACAUUACAGGAGGCUGGUCUAAGAGCCUUUUGGUCUGUCAAUGGCCCUCGUAUACUACAAGUCGGGUAUGAAGAUGAACAGGAUCCUAAAGUAAUGGAAGCAUAUGAACAAGUUGGCUCCUUAUUGGUUCAUGAAAGUGGGACGGCCGUCUCCUCUGGUGAAAGUUGAAACCUCAUAGUAGCAAUUCAUUGGAACAACAAUGGUUCCAAAUCAGAUGACAUUUCAAUUUUUAAGAAGCAGAAAUUUUCGUCGUGAAGAUUAUUGGAACUCAAGCAACUCUUUGAUCAAUUAUAUUGUGCUCUGAUACCUGGGGUCAUGCUUGCAACUUGUAAGAGAAUGGUUUCUGGGGUUUUCUACUGUAUGAUUUUGACGGUAAUCUAGAUUAUUAAGUAAUAGGAUGCGAGGAAAGUAGCCACCUGGUCUUGGUUUUAGCAGGAACCUCUGUAGCGCUGGUGUCUUUAUUUACGUGCGUUGUACUGUUAUGUAUUUGAACAUUACAUAAUUUUUGUCAUUAGCUUUUGGCAUUGCAGUUA